GUGUCACUGUGCGCCAACUCAAUCUGUGGCAUGCCAUUGCAAGUUGCAACACAGCCAGCUGGGGAGUGGAAGCAUUGUAGCUCUGGAUUGUUGAGCAGAUCGAAGCAGCGUUCUUCUACCAAUCUGCCAAUGUACCAUACAGCAUUGGAUUCGGAAGCUCGACGUGCCACUCAAGGUGGCGGAAACAACAACAACACAAGGACAGCAGUUUAUUCAAAUGUGGCUUUCAUGAGCAGCUGCGAAGUGGAUGAAUGAACAAUGGAGAUUGAUGAGGAUGCAGUAAUGCACAAAGUUCCAAGCUCAGAACUUUCAAAGGAGCCUCAAACUCAAGGAGAUGCUGCUUCUACGGGCCUGUCUUCUGAUAUGGAGUGCAGAAUUGCCGAUUUCCCCCCUCCUGACCAUGAUAUCAACAGUAGAAACUUGUCUGAAACAUUCCACCAGACCCUGGUGAUCAGAUCAGCACCAGGGGAUAGAGACCCCGGUCAUGCUCUGCCAGAACCACAAUGCUGCGCCGCUAAUUGCUCGCUCCCCUCCAGCCCAAUCAGCUCUCCAGAUAUCAAUUCUGUUAUCAACGACCCUGCUAGCUCCCAAUUCAAAUGGAUUCACAUUGUAGCGCUCCUUUCAAAAGCGGACUGGUGCGUCCUGCUAGGCUUAGCUGGCGCCAUUGCAUUCCUCCACAUUGCUGGCUGGUUCAUUCUGAUUGCUCUAGUUAUUCCACACCACUACCAACUGGGAGAUAAGCAGGGCGUGUUUGGCGUUGGGCUCGGAAUCACUGCCUACACUUUGGGGAUGCGCCACGCCUUUGAUGCGGACCACAUUGCGGCGAUUGACAACACGACGAGGAAGUUGUUGGCGGACGGCAAGCGGCCGCUGUCAGUCGGGUUCUGGUUCUCGCUGGGGCACAGCAGUGUGGUGUUCAUCGCAUCAUUGGUUAUAAUACUCGGUAUCCAGGGCUUCACCUCCUCAGUCGAGAACGACGACUCCUCCCUACACAAGUGGACCGGCAUCAUAGGCGCCUCCGUCUCGGGGAUCUUCCUCUGUGUCAUCGGUCUGCUGAACCUUGCGGUUCUCAUCCAAAUUGUGCGGGUGUUCCGGAGAAUGCGGGCUGGGGACUACAGUGAACCUGAACUAGAGAAGGAACUAGAUAAGCGAGGUUUUCUGAACCGGAUCUUGGGACGGGUGGCGGGGCUAGUGCGCUCGUCAUGGCAUAUGUACCCCCUGGGCUUCCUUUUCGGGUUAGGCUUCGACACCGCCACCGAGGUCGCGCUUCUAUUCCUCGCGGCCGGCGCUGCUACAAGCUCCAUCCCCUGGUACGCCGCACUAUGCCUGCCGACGCUCUUUGCCGCCGGCAUGACGCUUCUCGACACCGUCGACGGCGCGUGCAUGCGGUUUGCGUACGGGUGGGCCUUCUCGCGCCCCGUUCGCAAGAUCUACUACAACAUCGUGAUUACCAGCUUGUCCGUCGCUGUUGCCCUCGGCGUCGGCAUGCUAGAACUUACGCAGGUAUUGAUUGAGGAGGCCAACUUAGGGGGCGCCUUCUUCUCGGGCAUCGCGUCUGUGAACCUGAAUACUGUGGGGUACGUAAUUGUAGGCAUCUUUAUCUCAACUUGGAUUCUAGCCGUUUUGUUAUGGAGGGUCGGACGCUUCGAAGAAACUUGGACAGCGGUCCUUUCGGAGGCGCCUGAUGACGGGUUGGACAAACCAGACUACGAAGUACAUUCUAUGGAUAUGGAGUCGUCUUUAGAAGCAGGUGAAAGCCGAAGCAGGGCAUUGGAGCCGCCAAUGACCAGGGUCGGCACGAGUUGACACUUACAAGUGGACAUGGGUUGAUAUAAAUACGAUCUGUUUGAUGUUAAGAAAAGUGUUUCUGCCA